GUGGCGGGGCUAGGGAGGAGGCGGCUGAGCUGAGAGCCAAGCGCAGGGCACCGGCUGCCCUUUGAGUCUCAGCAACGCGGGAGCAGCUCACAACACAUUAGCCCGAGGCACGGGACGGGACGGUUCCUGUGCGAGCAGCGCCGGGAAGAGGAGGAGGAACCCGGGCUCUGCCAGCGCUGCCUGCCCGCAGCGGGAAGCCCCGGAGGGAACAGCCGCCCCCGGCGGAGCCAUGGAGCCUGCCGAGGGGCAAAGCAGCGGCCAGGUGCGCAUGUGCCAGACCAUCUUCCCCGCGCACGCCACGCACCGCGGGGAGCUCAGCGCCGGCCAGCUCCUCAAGUGGAUCGACACCACCGCCUGCCUGGCAGCUGAAAAACAUGCUGGUGUAUCCUGUGUGACAGCGUCAGUGGAUGACAUACAAUUUGAAGAGACUGCCAGAGUUGGACAAAUUAUCAUCAUCAAAGCAAAGGUAAACCGAGCAUUCACUACUAGCAUGGAAGUUGGUGUCAAGGUUACAGUACAGGAUAUCUUGAGUAAUGUUCAGAAACUUAUUAGUGUGGCUUUCUCUACAUAUGUAAUAAGACCAGUUGGUGAUGAAAAGGUUAACUUAAAACCAGUCAAGCUUCAGUCUCCACAAGAUCAUCUGGAACAUAGUCUGGCUAUUGAGAGAAGAAGAAUACGACUGGACCAUGAACAUGUCUUUGAGACCCUAAUGCAAGAGAGUAAUUUGGAAGAUGGUCACUGUGAUAAUGUAAGUGAUACAGAGGAAGAUACUAUUUCAACUGAUCUAACCCAUGUGCAGAGCAUUGAACUUGUCCUGCCUCCUCAUGCAAACCAUCAUGGAAAUGCAUUUGGUGGCCAGAUUAUGGCGUGGAUGGAGACAGUAGCUACUAUUUCAGCAAGCCGUCUCUGUCGUUCAUAUCCCACCUUGAAAUCAGUUGAUAUGUUUAAAUUCCGGGGACCCUCCACUGUUGGUGAUCGUCUUGUCUUCAAAGCAAUAGUUAACAACACAUUUCAGAAAAGUGUUGAGGUUGGCGUUCGUGUUGAGGCCUACAACUGUGAGGAGUGGACCAUAGGCCAAGCGCGGCAUAUUAACAGCGCUUUUCUGAUUUUUAAUGCUGUAAAUGACAAAGGAGAGCUCCUCACCUUUCCCAGAAUCAAACCCACUACAAAGGAUGGUUUGAGAAGAUAUCAUGGAGCUAUUGCACGCAGAAGAAUUAGACUAACCAGAAAAUACAUCCUUUCCAAUAAGGAAGACACUCCUUCCUCUGAUCUCUGGGAUACAAGCAACCAGGCAUACUUGAGUUACAGCAAUGUAGCCACCCUGACAGUCCUGGCAAAAAAAUGUGGAUGGGAAAUAACCAGCACUCUGGAUAAUAUAAAAAUAUUCACACAUGAGGAGAGUGAUACCUUGUCUGUCAAGGUAGAAAUGCAAGUGAGGAUACCAUCAAAUCUAGCUUUCUUCCUUUUGUCUGACUUCAGACUCCGCAGGCAAUGGGACAAACAUUACUUAACUUGUGAGGUCGUAGACAAUGUGAAUGAAGAUGAGAAGAUAUAUCACAUUACAUCGCCAUCAGUGAAUGGAGAUAAAUCCAAAGAUUUUGUAGUUCUUGUGUCUCGAAGACAGCCCUGUAAGACUGGUGACCCUUACAUAAUAGCUGUGAGGUCAGUUACCCUGACAUCUGUGCCACCUUCUCCAACCUAUUGCAGAAGUGAAAUCCUAUGUGCAGGAUUCCUGAUCCAUAGUGAUGGCAACAACUCCUGUACGGUGUCUUACUUUAACCAAGUUACCUCUGGUGUUCUGCCUUACCUUGCUGCAAAUCUCACUGGCUCAUCAAAAUCCAUUGAGGACACCGCUUCUGCAUGCAUCAGGUUCUUGGAGAUGGACAGUAGCAAGAUUUACAGUAUUUUGUUUUAAGUAAAGUAUCAGGGGAGCUCUAAAGAUUAUCAUAAAACAUUAAGUGCUGCAGGCAAACAUGAGGAUUCUCAAUAUCUAUAUCAUCUACUACAGUAGUUCUCAACCAGGAGUCUGGGGCCGCCAGCAAAUUUUAGUGGGGGGCCGCCAAGCAGGGCCAACAUUAAACUCACUGGGGCACAGGGCAGAAAGCCAAAGCCCCACCAUACAGGGCUGAAGCGUGGGGCCCCGCCAUCCGAGGCUGAAGCCAAAGCCCAAGCAACUUAGCUUUGCACGGCCCUAGGCAACUGCCCUGCUUGCUACCACCUAAUACCAGCCCUGGUUUUAUAUGCAGAAAACCAGUUGUGGCACAGGUGGGCGGUGGAGUUUUUAUAGCAUGUUGCGGGGGGGGGUGGCUCAGAAAGAAAAAGGUUAAGAACCCCAAUCUACCAGACUGAAAUAUUUACUUUACGCCACACACCUCAUUUCAGCCCUGAUCCUGAGAGAAUCUGAGCACUCACAAUUCCCACUGAUUUAGGAAUUGAUUGAUUCAUAUUUUUAAUUUUAAAUAGAAUGGAGACAAUUUCUUAUUUAUACCACUCACUUGAAUUUGGUGGAGUUGCCCAGGCAUAAAUGAGGACAUAGUUUCUAUUACAAACACUUCUAAACUCAGUUCUAAAAAUCUGCUCUGGGCUAUAGCAAUAAUAAUGAAGCUUUCAUCCUUUGUAAAGUGCUGUGAGGUCUACCGCUGACAAGUGCCAGGGAAGCGCUAGGUAUUAAUAUUAUAGCUUUGAAAAAAUAUAGACCAAUAAAUAAUAACGAUGAAUAAACUAUUUUGGCCAUGUUAAAUUAUAGACAAAGGAAUGAUGGUUUCAGCAGCUUUUUGUUCUAAACUGCUUUGAAAUUAAAAAAAUGGAAUACUGCUGGCAGUUAGUCCUUAGUCUGAAUCAAUACCGUUGAAUGGAUUUAAAGAAUAAAAGUUCAGGAAUCAUGUUGGUGCACCUCAGGAUUGCAUUAGAGCAGAGGUGGGCAAACUACGGCCCAUGGGCUACAUCCGGACCGCAGGACCCUCCUACCUGGCCUGGGAGGCUAGCC